AUGGGAUUACGCAUCACCUCGUGGAAUGUGAAUGGCAUUCGGAAUCCAUUCAGCUAUCAGCCAUGGCGCGAGAAGAGAACCUUCGAGGCUAUGUUCGAUAUCCUGGAAGCAGAUAUUGUGGUCAUGCAAGAGACCAAGAUCCAGCGCAAAGACUUACAGGAUGACAUGGUUCUCGUCCCUGGUUGGGACGUAUACUUUAGUCUUCCUAGACAUAAGAAAGGCUAUGCUGGUGUGGCAAUCUACACUCGGAACUCGGCAUGCAUGCCGGUACGGGCAGAAGAAGGCAUUAUUGGUGUCCUCUGUCCGCCCAACUCGACAACCAGGUUCAGAGAUCUCCCCGAAGACCAACAAAUAGGGGGCUACCCUCAACCUGGUCAACUUGCCGGUCUAGUUGACGAUGCAACCCUUGAUUCGGAGGGGCGCUGUGUCUUACUGGAGUUCCCAGCCUUUGUCCUCAUUGGAACAUACAGCCCAGCAAACCGCGAUGAGAGUCGAGAUGAUUUCAGACUCGGCUACCUGGAUGCCCUCGACGUUCGAAUACGCAAUCUCGUGGCCAUGGGUAAGCAAGUCGUCCUCACAGGGGACCUCAACGUCGUCCGAGGAGCGAUCGACACUGCGGGCCUCCUCGAGCGUCUUAGAAAGGAAGGAAUGACCCUGAACGACUUCUUCUCCGCCCCCUCCCGUCGUCUUUUCAACCAGAUGCUAUUCGAAGGCGAUGUAAUUGGUCCCAAGGAUGAGCAUCGCGAGGAACCACUGCUAUGGGAUCUUGGCCGGCUCUUCAACCCCGACCGUCAGGGCAUGUUCACCUGCUGGGACACCAAGAAGAACACGCGCCCGGGCAAUUUCGGCAGUCGAAUAGACUACGUGUUAUGCAGCAAUGGCAUCAAAGACUGGUUCGUUGAUUCAAAUAUCCAGGAGGGGUUGAUGGGGUCCGAUCACUGCCCUGUUUUUGCAACAAUGGCCGACACCGUAACGAUCAACGGUAAGGAAGUACACACCAGAGAUCUCAUGAACCCGCCCGGCGUUUUCAAGGAUGGGGAUCGGGUUAGGGAAUGGACGACGAAGGACCUUCUACCAAUGUCUGCCAAGCUCAUACCAGAGUUUAACAACCGCAGAAGCAUCAAGGAUAUGUUCUUCAAGAAGCCCGCUGCACCAAAGAAACCACCGACGCCAGCCCAAGACCCCUCUCCCAGUCCCAGCAAAGAGCCGUCAAGCUCUAUCCCAUCGACAGACCCGGACGCGACCGAACCCAUACCCUCACAACCUGAAACUCACACAUUGGCCCCUUCCCCUGUCAACCCCGCGUCCAGGGGCCUCAAGCGUACGCCUUCUGCUGCGGCAUCCACGAGCAAAUCGUCUAAGAAGGUCAAAACGUCGUUGACCAAGGAGCCUUCGUCUAAAGGGCAGAGCAGUCUGAUGGGCUUCUUCAAGCCCAAGACUACGGCAAGUUCGAGUAUAAAACCCGAAGCUGAGGACGAUUCACAAUCGCCUGGGCUCAACGGCGCUUCGGACUCGUUGCCAGCCCCAAAAUUGACGCCAAGCAGGACAUCACAAGUAGCUAUUGAGGAGACGGAAGACGCCUCGCUGCCGACUAGCCCCGAGAAAGUAUUCGAUCCCAUACAGAACAAAGAGUCCUGGUCAAAACUGCUAGGGAAGCGCAUAGUCCCCAAAUGCGAACAUGGGGAGAAUUGUAUCAGCCUCACGACCAAGAAGGCUGGCGUCAACUGCGGAAGGUCCUUCUUCAUCUGUCCACGGCCAAUUGGACCUACCGGUGAGAAGGAGACGGGCACACAAUGGCGGUGCGGCUUUUUCAUAUGGAGUAGCGAUUGGAACGGGCCUCAGACUAGUUGA